CGAAGUUUUGUCGCGAGCGCGCACAGUUCACUUGCUCUCGCGCAUGUUUCUUAAACAAAUUUUAACCGUGAUCUUCUUGUGUUUUAAGUUUUUUGUUUUUGUGUUUUACUGAAAUAGUGUAGAUGAGAAUGUGGCCUAUGUGAUAUACUAGAAGUGUCUUUUGGGAAUGUGAAAGUGUUAGUGAAGUUUUUGGAUUGCAAGGAUAACAAGAAAAUAAUAAUAUGAAAUUUAUAAUAUAUUAUAUUGGAAUAUUUCUACUGCUGCGAUCUACAAGAUGUGAAUUUAUAAUAGAUCCUCUGAACCUUCUAGAACCAGCUACAGAAGGCGAUCUGCUACAAACCAUAGAAGGCGACGACGGCUACCCAGCCUGGGUAUUCGACGAAAAUAACAAAAUACACACACCACUAAAAAACCUGACUUCAAAACCCAGCAUCAGUAUACCAUUCGCCUUAAACGCAAAGUUCAAACUAGAAGACUCGAUUCUGUCUUGUCUAUUCUCGAUCCGAGGGCCAAAAGACGAGUCAAAACUGGAAAUGUGGCUCACAGAAUCUGGACCAGAUUUGACCAGCAUCAACAUAUACUCUGAUAGUCUCCCUCAGCAGGUUUCGUUUCCAGAGGAUAAUUUGAAGAAUGAAUGGGCACACGUUUUGAUCUAUGUGGAAAGGAACAAGGUGUCGUUGAGGCUGAACUGUAUGGAGCCUGAAGAGUACAAGUUUGACUCGGACAUCCAGGAUGUGGAUGUCACGGAUGGGUCACAGCUGUUCCUGGGAUAUGCUGGUGCGGCUAAUCCACAUCAUUUUAAGGGUGCCAUUCAAGAGUUGAGAAUAUAUUCGAACGUCAACGAUCGUUUUGUUGAAGAACUUUGUGCUAAGACAAUCUCACUGCCGGAGAGCGAAGGUGAAGAGUACAAUGUUACACAGAAACCUGCAAAUCUUCAAAAAGUAAGUGGAAUCCAAAUUCAAAAUUGUAAAAAACAACAACUUUUUUCAUUUGGUUUUAAUUGGCUUUUCUGUCCACUGCUUUUUAUAUUUGCUUUUUAUACCUAUUACUACUAGCCUGGCGAUGACAACUAAAGUAACACAA